UGCUUUCCGGCGCGUGUGAAGCCGUUGCUGGCAUCCGGUGUGCAGGCGGACUCAUGGAUCCCGGCGGCCGGUGGCGGCACCUACCCAGUGGGCCCAGCCUAAAGCACUUGACCGACCCCUCUUACGGGAUCCCGCGGGAGCAGCAAAAGCCAGAGUUGCAGGAGCUGACGCGGGCGCAUGUCGAGUCCUUCAACUACGCUGUGAGCGAGGGGCUCAGCCACGCGGUGCAGGCCAUCCCUCCCUUUGAGUUUGCUUUCAAAGAGGAGCGGAUCUCUCUCACUAUUGUGGAUGCUGUCAUCAGUCCACCCACAGUUCCAAAAGGGAGCAUCUGUAAAGAGCUCAAUGUUUAUCCAGCAGAAUGCCGGGGCCGAAGGAGCACCUACCGGGGAAAGCUGACAGCCGAUAUCAGCUGGGCAGUGAAUGGAAUCUCAAAAGGAGUCAUUAAACAGUUUCUUGGCUAUGUUCCCAUCAUGGUGAAAUCCAAGCUUUGCAACUUAUACAACCUUCCUCCAAAAGCCCUCAUCCAGCACCACGAGGAAGCAGAGGAAAUGGGAGGCUAUUUUAUAAUCAAUGGCAUCGAAAAAGUCAUCCGAAUGUUGAUUAUGCCUCGCAGAAAUUUCCCCAUCGCAAUGGUAAGACCAAAAUGGAAGAGCAGAGGGCCUGGCUAUACUCAGUAUGGAGUUUCAAUGCACUGUGUGAGGGAAGAACAUUCCGCCGUCAAUAUGAACCUUCACUACUUGGAAAAUGGCACGGUUAUGUUGAACUUUAUUUACCGGAAAGAACUGUUUUUUUUUCCUUUGGGAUUUGCACUUAAGGCACUUGUCAGCUUUUCCGAUUAUCAGAUUUUUCAGGAGGUCAUCAGAGGAAAGGAAGAUGACUCUUUCUUUAGGAACUCUGUUUCUCAGAUGUUAAGGAUCGUAAUGGAAGAGGGAUGUUCCACACAAAAACAGGUCCUUAGCUAUCUGGGUGAACGCUUCAGAGUAAAACUCAAUCUUCCUGACUGGUACCCAAAUGAACACGCUGCAGAGUUUCUCUUCAACCAGUGCAUCUGUAUCCACCUGAAAUCCAACACUGAAAAGUUUUACGUGCUUUGUCUCAUGACCCGGAAGCUCUUUGCUUUAGCCAAAGGAGAGUGCAUGGAGGAGAAUCCUGACAGUUUAGUGAAUCAAGAGGUCCUGACCCCCGGGCAGCUCUUCCUCAUGUUUCUGAAGGAAAAAUUGGAAGCUUGGUUAGCAUCUAUUAAAAUAGCUAUAGACAAGAAGGCUCAGAAGACCAAUGUGUCCUUAAACACUGAAAAUUUGAUGAAGAUUUUAAAUCUGGGAACAGACCUUACAAAACCAUUUGAAUAUCUUCUUGCUACUGGGAAUCUACGUUCUAAAACAGGUCUUGGCUUCCUGCAAGAUUCCGGACUUUGUGUUGUGGCUGACAAGCUGAACUUCAUACGCUAUCUCUCCCAUUUCCGCUGUGUGCACAGAGGGGCAGAUUUUGCCAAGAUGCGGACCACCACGGUACGCAGGCUGCUGCCAGAGUCCUGGGGUUUCCUUUGCCCCGUGCACACCCCCGACGGGGAGCCCUGUGGUCUGAUGAACCACUUAACCGCCAUAUGUGAGGUCGUCACACAGUUUGUGUAUACAGCAUCUAUUCCAGCUUUGCUCUGCAACUUGGGCGUCACUCCAGUUGAUGGAGUUCCACAUCGGCCGUACAGCGAGUGCUACCCUGUCCUGCUGGACGGUGUCAUGGUUGGCUGGGUGGAUAAGGAGCUCGUUCCUGGCAUUGUCGAUUCUCUCCGACAUUUUAAGGUUUUGAGAGAAAAAAGAAUUCCUCCCUGGAUGGAGGUGGUCCUGAUCCCCAUGACAGGAAAACCAAGUCUGUACCCAGGAUUGUACCUUUUUACCACUCCUUGUAGACUGGUGCGGCCUGUGCAGAACUUGGAAUUGGGCAAAGAAGAACUAAUUGGAACUAUGGAACAGAUCUUCAUGAACGUUGCCAUCUUUGAGGAUGAGGUUGUGCCUGGCGUCACCACCCACCAGGAGCUCUUCCCUCACAGCCUGUUGAGUGUGAUCGCCAACUUCAUCCCCUUCUCUGAUCACAACCAGAGUCCGAGAAACAUGUACCAGUGCCAGAUGGGUAAGCAGACUAUGGGCUUUCCACUCCUCACUUUUCAAGACCGGUCAGAUAAUAAACUGUAUCGUCUUCAGACUCCACAGAGCCCUUUAGUGAGACCAUACAUGUAUGAUUAUUAUGACAUGGAUAACUAUCCAAUUGGGACAAAUGCCAUUGUUGCUGUUAUUUCUUACACUGGCUAUGAUAUGGAAGAUGCCAUGAUUGUGAAUAAGGCCUCUUGGGAACGAGGCUUUGCCCAUGGAAGUGUCUACAAGUCCGAAUAUAUAGAUCUGUCUGAAAAAAUCAAACAAGGAGAUGAUAGUCUGGUGUUUGGAGUCAAACCUGGUGACCCACGGAUUCUGCAGAAGUUGGAUGAUGACGGAUUGCCAUAUAUUGGAGCACAACUGCAGUAUGGAGAGCCGUAUUACAGCUACCUAAACCUCAACACCGGGGAAAGCUUUGUGAUGUACUAUAAGAGUAAAGAAAAUUGUAUUGUGGAUAACAUCAAAGUGUGCAGUAAUGACACUGGAAAUGGCAAAUUCAAGUGUGUUUGCAUCACGAUGAGAGUCCCUCGGAACCCCACUAUCGGGGAUAAAUUUGCCAGUCGUCACGGGCAGAAGGGCAUCUUGAGCAGACUGUGGCCAGUUGAGGACAUGCCAUUCACCGAGAGUGGGAUGGUCCCGGACAUUCUGUUCAACCCUCACGGUUUUCCAUCCCGCAUGACCAUCGGGAUGUUGAUUGAGAGUAUGGCAGGGAAGUCUGCAGCUUUACACGGUCUCUGCCAUGAUGCCACGCCCUUCAUCUUCUCAGAGGAGAACUCGGCCCUGGAAUACUUUGGUGAGAUGCUGAAGGCUGCUGGCUACAACUACUAUGGCACUGAGAGGUUGUAUAGUGGCAUCAGUGGGCUAGAGCUGGAUGCAGACAUCUUCAUAGGUGUGGUUUAUUACCAACGCUUACGCCACAUGGUGUCAGACAAAUUCCAAGUUAGGACAACAGGAGCCAGAGACAAAGUCACUAACCAGCCCAUCGGGGGAAGAAAUGUCCAGGGUGGAAUCCGUUUUGGGGAGAUGGAGCGGGAUGCUCUUUUAGCUCACGGUACAUCUUUCCUCCUUCACGACCGGCUCUUCAACUGCUCGGAUCGGUCUGUAGCCCACGUGUGUGUGAAGUGUGGUAGUUUGCUCUCCCCGCUGUUGGAGAAGCCACCCCCAUCGUGGUCCACCAUGCGCAACAGGAAGUACAGCUGUGCUCUGUGUCAUCGCAGUGACACCAUCGAUACUGUUUCUGUGCCUUACGUCUUUCGGUAUUUUGUAGCUGAACUGGCAGCUAUGAACAUCAAAGUGAAACUGGAUAUCGUUUAACUUGACGCUGGCCUUUUUUUUUUUUUUUUUUUUUU